CAACGGAAAACGAAAACAGGGAAUUAAAAAAACAAACAAAAACACAAAUGGAACCGCUUCCACUUCCUGUCUUCUGGGUUUGUUUGUUUGGCUUCAUUUAUUCUCGUACUAGGAACUACUGACUCUCAGGACUCUUGGCCUCAUCACUUUUAAUUUUCUUUCUACUUUGAAUCUCUCUCUCAAACCCUUAAACCCAACGCACUCUCCCACAAAAAUUGCUCACAAAGAUACCAACUUCUUCGCUUACAAAGCCCAAUACCACCCUCAAUUCUGGUCUUACCUGCAACACGUAACGCAAGGAUUUUUUAAUUUUUCGUUGGCACAUGAGUCACUGUUUGUAGUCCUCCAUAAGAGACCAUAGAUGUGCAUGCACUGAAUUCGCAUGGAUGUUGAAGGGGACAACAGGGAAAACCAUGUGCAUGGAAAUUCUGAACAUGAUAAUGGUGAAAAACAGAAUUUAGCUGGGAAUUCUACUGAGAGAGAAGUAAUAAGUCAGGAUGAUGAUGAUGAGACUGCUACACCACAAGUGGGCAUGGAGUUUGAAUCGGAAGAUGCUGGAAAGACUUUCUAUGAUGCAUAUGCUAGGCGUGUGGGUUUUAGCACCCAUGUUGGUCCAUUCAGUCGUAAUAAGCCUGAUGGGCCAAUUGUAACAUGGGAGUUUGCAUGUUCCAGAGAGAUUUUCAAAAGGAAAAAUAUAGAAAGCUGCAAUGCCAUGAUUAGGCUUGAGAGGAAGGAUUCAAACAGUUGGGUUGUGACAAAAUUUGUUGAGGACCAUAACCAUUCAAUGGUUUCUCCUAAUAAAGUGCAUUAUCUUCGACCCCGUAGGCAUUUUGCUGGUGCUACCAAGAGUGUGGUUGAUACCUUGGAUGCUACUGGUGAUGUUUAUGUUUCCAUGGAUGGCAAUAGUGUAGCUUUUCAACCAAAUCAUGUAGUUAGGAGUGCUUCCCCUGUAGAACCAAAUCACCCAAUCCGAAGUGUUGGGCCUUUAAACUACAUUAGGCCUUCUAGCAGAAAGAGGACCCUUGGUAGAGAUGCUCAGAAUCUUCUAAACUAUUUCAAGAAGAUGCAGUCUGAACACCCUGGCUUCUUUUAUGCGAUACAGCUUGAUGAUGAUAACCGCAUGACUAAUGUCUUUUGGGCUGAUGCAAGAUCAAGAGCUGCUUAUAAUUACUUUGGUGAUGCAGUAAUUUUUGACACAAUGUAUAGACCAAAUCAGUAUCAGGUACCAUUUGCUCCCUUUACCGGUGUAAAUCAUCAUGGUCAGAUGGUGUUGUUUGGUUGUGCUUUACUUCUAGAUGAGUCUGAGUCUUCCUUUACUUGGCUGUUCAAGACAUGGCUAUCAGCAAUGAAUGAUAGGCCUCCUGUUUCUAUAACCACAGACCAAGAUAGAGCCAUACAAGCAGCAGUCUUGCAGGUUUUCCCAAAUACUCGCCACUGUAUUUGCAAAUGGCACAUAUUAAGAGAAGGCCAAGAAAGGUUGGCUCAUAUAUACCUUGCUCAUCCUUCAUUCUAUGGAGAGCUGUAUAGCUGCAUCAACUUUUCUGAGACAAUUAAUGAUUUUGAGUUGUCAUGGGGCAGUCUCCUUGAUAAAUAUGAUCUGCGGAAGAAUGAGUGGCUUCAGGCAGUGUAUAACGCUUGCAAGCAGUGGGCCCCAGUAUAUUUUCGUGGAACUUUCUUUGCUGCACUUUCUUCAAACCAAGGUGUUAGCUCCUUUUUCGAUGGUUAUGUGAAUCAGCAGACCACCAUCCCUCUUUUCUUUAAACAAUAUGAAAGAGCUUUGGAACAUUCAUUAGAAAAAGAAAUAGAGGCAGAUUAUGAUACAAUUUGCACCACACCAGUAUUGAAGACACCAUCACCAAUGGAACAACAAGCAGCAAAUCUCUAUACAAGAAAAGUUUUUACAAAGUUUCAGGAGGAAUUAGUCGAAACUUUUGUGUACACUGCAAAUAAUAUUGAGGGUGAUGGGGUAGUUAGCAAGUAUAGGGUUGCAAAAUAUGAACAUGAUCACAAGGCAUACAUAGUCAAUGUUGAUGUUUCUGAGAUGAAAGCAAAUUGCAGCUGUCAGAUGUUUGAAUACUCUGGCAUACUUUGUCGACAUAUAUUGACUGUCUUCACUGUAACGAAUGUUCUUACCCUUCCAUCACACUACAUAUUGAAGCGAUGGACAAGGAAUGCCAAAGCAGGGGUUGGGUUAGAUGAACAAAAUUCGGAUCCACAAGGUAUCGAGACUCUCACCUUGCGCUUCAACAAUUUAUGUCGGGAAGCCAUUAAAUAUGCUGAAGAAGGGUCAGUUGCUAUAGAGACUUAUAAUGCAGCAAUGAAUGCUCUAAGGGAGGGUGGGAAAAGGAUUGCUUCUGUGAAGAAAAAUGUUGCUAAAGUUACACCUCUUAGUUCUCAGGGUAGUGGCGAUAGUCAAGAUGACAUUAACAAGAAAACCCCCAUGUCAUUUCCUGAAAUGGCCCCAUCAUUAUGGCCUUGGCAAGAAGCAAUGCCACAUCGCUUUAAUCUUAAUGAUGUAGGAGUUCCUGGUGCAGAUUUGAACCAGCCAAGCAUGGCUCCUGUGUCUAUUCACCGUGAUGGUGCCACUUCUGAUAACACUGUGGUUCUGACUUGUUUCAAGUCCAUGACUUGGGUGAUAGAAAAUAAGAAUUCUACACCAGCUGGUAGAGUAGCUGUCAUUAACUUAAAGUUGCAAGAUUAUGGAAAGAACCCUUCGGGAGAGACAGAGGUGCAAUUUAGGCUAACAAGGAUCACACUUGAGCCUAUGUUGAGAUCUAUGGCCUACAUCAGUCAGCAGCUAUCAACACCAACCAAUAGAGUUGCUGUUAUUAAUCUGAAGCUCCAAGAUACAAAGACAACUUCUGGAGAAACAGAGGUGAAAUUUCAAGUGUCCAGAGAUACACUCGGUUCUAUGCUAAGAUCAAUGGCCUAUAUCCGUGAGCAGCUUUGAAAGCAUGCUUCAUUCUAAUGGCAAAAAAGUCUUCACGGAUGAGUUAUUAUGGGCUAUAAGUUCCUUUGAGACCAAUAACUGAAUCAGACCUAUCAUUCUUUGGAAAAGCAGUAGCAUUAGAGGCAUUGAAGGUGUGUUCUGGUUAAUAACAUUCAUGUACCAUGUUAAUACCAUGUUAAUGUUCCAUUGACAGAAUUGGUCUAGUUGUAGUUAGUUUUGUUAGAUCUAUUCAAUUCUCCACAUUCAGCUUUUUAGUAUAUUAGUUAGGUUUGGUGACUUAGAGAUUGAAGAUACUACAUAAUGUCCAUGUAACCAUGUGUUAGAAACUUCUGUACGUGAAAGUUGUGAACGUUCAGAUCUUUACCCAAUGAGCAAUUACAGAUAUCGUGUAUUCCGGCUUU